AUGCCUGAAGUUUAUGAUCCGCAGAACUUUCAGCGCAUGAAUGAAGGAAGGUUCAACAUGAUAGUGGAUGUUUUUUUGAACAUGUUCAUCGUUAUCUCCGUCGUUUCUACAUGCUUUUUCUUGUACAUAAUGCAUAUUACCAAAAUGCUGCAUAGUAAUUUGAAGUUUACUUUGGUAAGUUCAAGCAUAAUUAUACGCCUUCUUUAGCAAAGAAAAUUAUUUGUUUACUACAAUAAUAAUAUCUUUUUCCAGAUGUUUUUAUCGAUUACUCUCCGCCUUAUGACGGUGACUCGAGCAGUAGCCGACUUUGCGUACCUCAUGGACAGCACUGCCCAAAUUACUUACUACAUCUGCGAAUCGAUGAGCUUCUGCCAUCUACUGUCCAUGGGAUUCGUGCAGCUUUCGUUUGCGGCGUUGGUCAUCGAGCGCGCGUUGGCAACAAUCUACCAUGCGAAUUACGAAUUGUGGGGCAACAAGCUGGCUAAAGUCGUUAUUGGUCUGUUCACAAUCAAUGCUGUAGGUUUUUGCCUUACAUGUCUGCUGCUGAAAUCGUAUGGAAUUGUAAGGGCCGAGGAGAACUUUCCAACGUGCAUUAUAGUGUUCAAAUGCCCGGUGUUUACCAUUUAUAGGUAAGUUAGUAUUCGAAGAUCACUGCAGCGACUUGUUUCAAAUCAUAUUUUAGGGUUAAGUGUCGACUUCUUGGCCAUUUUUUCCUUGACUGACAAGAGAAGUACCCCAAGUGCGACGCUCAGAUUUUGAUGAAACUUGGCACAAAUUUAGGAUAUUUUUUUUAAAAAUAUGCGAGAAUCUUAGCUCGCGCUUUGCAGAAACAACCGAGAUUUUUUGAUCGAAAGUUGGCGAAUUUUUAACACCUUUUGUUGAAUUUCGGCACGAAAAGUUUCAUGCCGAAUUCUACCAUAGAGGGUAAUGUUUCCAUAAAAAAUCAAUUUUUUCCGCACGAAACUAGCAAAGUUAUGGCCAAAAAGCGUUUUUCUCUCUUACCGCUCUCCGCGCUUAGCGUACUCUCUCGGCGGCGGCGCUUGCAAAGCGCGAGCUAAAACUUUCAGGAAUUGAUACUUAUUAUAUGUAGUUCAUGACCAACGUGUGUGCAGAAUUUAAAGAAAAUCUGAGCGUCGCACUUGGGGUACUUCCCUUGUGAGCAUUGAAAACCUAGAAAGAUAUUUGAAGCCUCUGUUUCAGCUGGGCUGUUUUCGGCCUAACAAUGUUACUGGGCGCUGGUCCCAUCGUUUGGCUCUACUACUACAACAAGAAAAUGUGCCUCUUCCGAGCCAACGGAUCUUUAACAACUCGUUAUCAAUAUCAUGACAACGUGGUCAUCCUUCGAAUCUACGCUCCCGUUAUUGUCUUCGCGGUGUUUGGAAUCGGCUUGGUUUGCAUGGUAAUCGUUCUCACUGCUGGGAUAAAGCUUCUACAUCAUGAAACGUUGAGUCUCGAAAUGUACACGCUCUUCAAGGCAAGGAUGAGUUUUUUAAAGCUAAUUUUACGUCGUUUGAUGCAACAAAGACUUGCAGAACUGUGUGUAGUGAAUUAAGGAUUCUAUUUUAGUGCACCUUUGUAAUGAGCGACAUCGCAGCGACGAGUAUCGAGACUGUUUUGAUUCGUUUCCAUCCUGUUCUUUGGCUCAAUGCCCGGCGAUGUUUCCCUUGCUUCUUUAAGGCCGAAAAGGUUGGAGAAGGUCCGAAGGAGACGGAGAUUGCGUACGGACCCGACUUCCAUUUCAAUCAGCUCACGGCGAGUUGGAAAUAG